CAAAAGACCAUAAGAUGAAGACAGCGAUGCGAAUAUAUCUAACAUUUAUGCUCACAACGGUUAUACAUGUAUCCUGCUCCUCGAUGAACGAUGUGAGUAACUUGCAUACAACGUUAUUACAGAACUACAAUUCUGAAGUGAGACCAGGCGACAACCAGUUUUUACCUACCAAUGUCAAUGUUACUUUCAAUUUAGUCGCCAUUCAGGAAUUUGAUGAAGUAGAUGGCAAAUUCGCGGUGAUUGGAUUUUUCGAAGUCACAUGGGUUGAUUCAAGAAUGUCAUGGAAUCCUACAGAUUAUAAUAAUACGUACACCAUGCUUUUCUCACAAGAUGUAGUGUGGAAACCAACUUUGUUAAGUAUUAAUCCUUUCAGCAAAAUUGACCAACUUGGAAAGGAUUUUAUGACAGUAAGAUAUUACUAUAACGGUUUUGCAUAUUGGUCACCGGGUGAAAUUUUGAGUAGUUCUUGUAGUGUUGACGUCACAUUUUUCCCUUUCGAUCAACAAACUUGUUUAAUUACCCUGAUGUCAUGGGGAACAUGGCCGAAUGAAAUUCUAUUGCAAUCAACACUUACUAAUUUUAAAAUGGGAUUUUAUUCAGAACAUGGAACAUGGAAAAUUUCGUCAACUUCUGCAGUAGAUAGUACAACUACUGGUAUGUCUGUCAUUGAUCUAUCGGUAACAAUGGAAAGACGGCCUGCCUUUUUUGUAGUGAAUAUUGUGCUUCCUGUUAUGUUCCUAAUGGGGUUAAAUUGUUGUGUGUUCAUUUUACCACCAGAAUCGGGAGAAAGAGUAUCAUAUUCUAUUACUGUGUUAUUAGCAAUAGCUGUAUUCAUGACAUUGACUGGGGAUAAUCUACCGAAAACAUCCGAACCAAUGUCGUUGCUUAGUUACUUUUUAAUGUCAGACCUUGUUUUCAGUGCUGUAAUUUGUCUGAUUACAAUGUUGGGGUUAAGACUUCAUUAUAAAGAUGACAAACACCCAGUUCCGUCCUAUCUAAAGCGAUUAGUACGGUGCUGUAAAUGUUCAUCAAAUCAGAAACCAAGAAACGACGUUAGACCAUUCUGUACCGAUGAAAAGAUAGUGCAGUUUUCAGAUUUUAAUAGAAAAGACAAUAUGUCUGCCGACCCAGAUGUUUCUUGGAGAGAUGUUUCUAAGGCACUUGACACACUACUUCUAUGGAUUUCAAUUGUCGGACUUGUGAUCAGUAUAAUUUCAUUUUUUAUUAUUCUAAAAAAGUUGGUCUGAUUUUUUUCAUUUUAACAUGAAGUUUUUAAUAACUGAUGAUUAUUUUGUGUCUGCUUUAGUGACUUUAUUAUAUAGCAACUGACGUGUGUAAAGUAUUCAUCAUCCCUGGCUCAUCUUUAACAAUGGAUUCAUGUUUAGAAAUGCGGCAGCUUUUUAUUGUUACAACCUCCUAAUACUAAUUUUAUUGUUACAACCUCCUAAUACUAAUUUUAGUUGUUACAACCUCCUAAUACUAAUUCUAGUUGUUACAACCUCCUAAUACUAAUUUUAGUUGAUACAACCUCCUAAUACUAACACUUUAAGCUGUAAUACUGUAUAAAAGAGUUUUUAUAAUGGCACUAAAGUGAAAGUAAUUGAUGGACCAAUGAGUUUUGAUUUUAUAAGUUAAAAAAUCAAUUUUCAGAAAAAGACAAGUCUUUGGCAUUAGAAUGAACUUCGGUUCUAUACAUAGUAGUAUCAUCGGGAAUUUUCUGCUUUUGUGAAAAAGACUUAUAUAACUUAUCCAACAAUUUGAACGUCGAAAAUAUGAAAAAAAAUCCUAUCUGUUUAGGUCAAUACAAUACUUUUGUAUCGACUAUCACCUAUCAUAUUAUUCCCUCUGAUUUGAAAAAAGAUAAUUAAAUACCUUAUCUGAUAAUAAUCAAAUAUCUAUAUCUACUGUAACAUCAAUAUGCAUUCACCAAUAUUUAUAUUUUAUAUCUUUAAA